AUGGCCAGCGCUUCAGCAGCGCCUGAUAUUCGCGAACAGGCGGAUGCGGCAGAGAACGCGCGAAGGGCAGAUGUGCACGAGAAGGAUGUCGGGGAGAGGGAGGCGUAUGAAUACUGGGGAUAUCUCUUCAAGCCGGACAAGACGGGCACAGAUAAGCUGAAGAGCUUGUUGAGGGGACUGAAGGAUGCUAUGAACGCAAAGUACGAGCCUUCAGACCAGCCCGACCUCACGCCCAGCCAGCUGGCGAGCUUCUAUCGCGACCUCCAUGGCAACUACGAUCAGCUUUUCCUGGGCACGCCGAAUGAGAGUAUCGCGUUCAUCUACAAGAGUCUGGGAUGUCUGCACAGUCUGCAGCCGCCGGCGUAUACACAUGCUUCAGCUUUCACGGAUCCGACUGUGCCUGCGCUCAAGACGGAGGGAUGGAUCAUGUGGCAGACGAUUCAGCUGCUGCUGGGACCAGAAGAGCAUGCCGCGUUUCUGCGAGAGGCUGUUCAGAUCUUUGAUGUCAAGGAUCACGAUACUGGAGAGGCGUUCCCCAAGAUCUUACCACGGCAAUGCUUUCCGCUUGAACCUGACAAGCACAUGGUGGCGUGGUAUGAGGGCGUGUCCGAGCGAUUGAGGAGAGAAGCAGAAGACGAGGAGAAACACAAGCAGAUUGAGGUCGAGCAUGAGCCGGAAGUUCGACGGCUGCACUCGCGCGAGCAGCCACCGAGAAGAGAGGGAGAGGUUUUCUCCGACGAAGAAGGAUCAGUCGAUUCACGAGGACCAGCAUUGGCAUACUUCCGCAAUCCGCUGUACAGAUAUGUCGAUGGGAGGCCGAGCAUAGUACGCAGCCACUCCAAACGACCAGCUCUGAGUCCACGACCGACAGUACUGGGUAAGGGUAAAGAGGCAGCUUCGACGUUCAGUCGCAUCGCGCGCAAUGUUGGUAGUCCUCACUUGUGGGAUGGAAGAGGCAGCAGUCGUAGCAGAGAUCGCGAAGGUGCGCAUGUCAGGAGGAAGAGCCAUCCAGACAAUUAUCACCACCACCACGCUGAUGAGGCGGCGGCUGCAGUUGCUGGUGCUGGUGCUCACGAUAGCCGCCACCCGCCCCGAGAACCAUCUGGCCACGGCAGUCAGCGCAGAAGACGCAGUUCCCAGGCCGACCGGCCACCGGAACGAACGUCCCCAGGCACGUCAGCUGAUGAUGAGUGGGACCAGAGCGAAGCCAGUCCUAUCUACAGCCCGCCACCUGGCAAAGGCUCAGAUUCGAGCAGGCACCGUCGCGGCCACUCGCACUCAACAUCACGACCCGUCUCUCGCGAUGAACGCGAGAUGCCACUCCGCCAUUCCAAGAGUCAUGAACCUACUCCUAGCCAGGAGCUAGAUGGUGAUUACUUUGCUGGGUAUGAUGACCCAGCACGAAGAAGGAACUCGACCCAUGCGAAGCCCGACUCUCCACCAUCUCAGCCUCCACCACAACCUACUGGUCCAGCGCUAGGGCCAUCAUUUGGACCUUCAGCAGGACCCCUGUUCGCAGCACAAGUCGCAAAGCAACCACAUCCGCCUGCUCAGCACUACUCGCAAGCGCCGCCAGGCGGUGGCUAUGAAGGUGGACCAUCAAUGCGCAAUCCUUCGGUCCGCCGUGCGCAAGGUCAGGAUCGUUACCAAAGCCGUAGUCCGGAGCCAGGUAGCCGCCCACCGCCACCGCGAGAGCCACGCGACCCUCGAGACCACAGAGAUCGCAGAUACGAUAGCCCAGGCCGGCCCCCUCCAGGAAGACACGACUCCCCUUUACCCUACGACGACUUCCGCCCGGAUAGUAGAGGCCCACCACCACGACCCGAGUCUCGCAACCGCUACGACGACGCUCCACCUCCACGAGAUCCUCGCGACAGGGAUCCUCGCGACAGGGAUCCUCGCGACAGGGACCCUCGCGAUAGGGAUUCGCGAAACCGCGACCCGCGCGACAGAGACCCGCGCGACCGCGACCUCCGCGAUCGAGACCCGAGAGAUCACAGACGUGGCAGUGCGCGUAUGAGUCAGAGUGACUUCGAACGUGAAGAGUAUCCUGACGAAAGGAGGGGUAGUAGACCUGGUCCGCCGCCGAAGCAUGCGAGGUUUGCGGAUACGGGAGUUAGUGGGAGGAAGUAUCCGGAUGAGGCUGGGUGGCCUUAG